GGAAAGGGAAGUUUGACUCAAGAAAACAGCAGUACGCAACUUGUGUGUCUUUUCUUUUGCAACUGCAGAUCAGAGAUAUUUGGCCGUUUAGACGUACACAAAUGAGCAGCAAGAACCAGAGUGAAAGAUUUACAGACAAAGAUUACAAGCAUGGAUGUCAUCUUCAAGGAAGGGAAGCUCCAUCUUAAUGGGGUCAAGUUUGGAAAAAGAACUUGGCGGAAAAUAUGGAUGGCGCUUUUUAAGGCCAGCUCCACGGGGGUGGGGCGAUUGGAGCUCUCUACUGUAUUUGGCCACAAUGCUGCUGCUGACCAGAGGAAAGUCUGCCGGCAGAAACCACCUGAAAGAAAAGUGGUGCGUCUAAGUGACUGCCUCAGUGUCCGCCCUGCUCCAAAGGAGUCUUGCCCCCCUGGGUGCACCGCCUUCUACUUAUACACCACUCAUUGCACCUACACCCUGGCCUCCACGACAAGCCAGGACUGGCUCAGUGCCCUCUAUCUUCUGGCCUUCCAGAAGGAUCCCAGGGAAUCAGACAAAGGGGCUUUCGAGAGAGGAAAUGGCUUGACCAUGGAGGACAAUGACCUUUACUCAUCUUGGAAAACCGAUCUGACCCCAAAUCAGUACCAAGUGAUUGUCCAGAGCACAGAGGCCUCCAGGAGGUGCAAGUUGGCUGGGGAGUAUCUGGUCUCCCCAGAAAAAGAGGCUGUGAUACUGCUGGACAUCAGUACUGGUCACACAAUUUAUCGCUGGCCAUACGAGCUCUUACGCAAAUUUGGACUGGUCGAGGGUGGAUUCAGCAUUGAAGCGGGCCGUCGCUGUGAGUCGGGAGAAGGAGUGUUCGUCUUCCUGUCCAGGCACGGGCCCCAGAUCUUCCAGGUUAUAUCAAAGCAGUGCUCCGUGGAGAGAGAGUCUUCUGUCCAGCCACGCCGAGUCCUCAGAAGGUCAUUUGGCGACCUGUCCACUGUCAUCGUCCCGACUACCACCUGCUGGCCCGCUGCUCCGCCUCUCUACUGCCCUGCAGGCGCUUCUGAUAACACAGAGGAUGACUACUACUCGACUAUUAAUGACUGCCCUGUACUAAAUGUAAAGCGGCUGUCUCUUGUCGAAGCUCAUCUCUCUUUGGGGGAAGGCGAGGAUGAGGACGAGGAUGAGCGGUUCUAUUCCCUGGAUGCUGGCACAGAGGACAACAUUUAUUACAAACUAAGGAGAGCCACAGCUCCUAUGAUCAGAAAUGACGAGUUCAAACCCGCAAUGGACUCGGAGUGCAUCUAUUCCGACGUGAACCUAGUGGAUUCUCCCUUAAACCCCCAGCCACUCCCUCAGCUUGUUCCCCAUCCUCCUCCCUCCACCCUUCCCCAGUCCCCGGCCCCCUUCGUCCCAGCCAAGCCCCAGUACCAGCGCCAGCCCCCUGUGAAUAACUACGUCCAGUCAGGGUACAAUGCACAGGCAGAGGCGUUGGAUGACAUGACGGAGAUGGAGGAGGCCAUCAGCUCCUCCACCCAUGUAACCCCCACAGAGACCCUUGGCAGUUUUAAACACAGGCUGGCAGAAAUCAUUUCUAAGGACCUGGCAAAGUUCCAACCACCUCUUCCCUCCGGAGCGGGCAGCCCCACAUUUUCUCAGUAGGCUAUUAGUUAAGAGGCAUACCAGGAGGAGCAAUAUCAAACCAUGAUACACUGCCGUGAAGGAGGAUGAGUUUCUUUAUUUCUUUAACAUCCCUUCUGCUGGGAACACUUGGCAUCAGAUUUUGGCUCGCAGAUGUCAUAUGUUUAUCUGUUGCAUGAAAAGGGCAUCUGGAAAAAAAAAUGUUUUCUGCCGACCAAUUUAGCAAAAAGAGGAUUCAAGCAGUGUUGGUCUUCACUGCUGGAAUGUUGAGAGAAGCUUUAUAUGUGCUGCGGUAUCUGUUGGACUGUUUCAUUGUGGAAAUAGCUUUGAAAGAAAAAAAGUCCUGGUUACAUUCAGUGAGUUAAAUAACAUCUUGGAAUUAGCUUCUUCUAGUUCAAAUUUCUUAAAGAAAACACUUGGGUUUUGUCACAUGCAAAUCAUUAGCUUACCUACUGUAUUUUGGACAGUCCGCUUCAGAUGGUAGAAAUAUUAACUAACUCUGUAUACUGAAAUGUAUUGCUGACCAAAAAAAUGAAAUAUACUAAAACAACUUAAAACACAUGCAUUUUAAGUAUAUCUUUAUUGUAGCAAAACAAUCCUCAAAAUACCCCAUAGCUAUACAUAAAUACCAAAAUAAUUGUUUUAAUUUAGACACAUUUCACUAAUGACACAAGGAAUGUCUUUAGUGAUGAUUCAGUCCCUAAAGUGCAUUAAAAAAGGCCUCUGAGAGUCCACCAUGGCCUUAGCAAGUACAAAAAUUCAAGAUUUCCGUCGAUGUUUUUCAUUGGCAGUGCAACAUCUAAGCUAUCAAAAAAAUUACAGGAGAAUAUAUAGGACUAUAUCUCAUAUGAUCACAUUUCUACAAGCUGCAAUAUUUGGACACUGCAGCGUAAGUCAGUGGGUUUUCUGUCACUGUCUUCUACUCAGACUCUCCUCCAAGUCACUGAGGAGCGAAGAUUCCCCAUCGCUGCUGUUGGAAGAACUCAGUGAUCGAUUUGACCCCAGGUCAGAUGGAGGUCCGAAUAUUAUGAGGUGGCUGACGGAAGCGGGGGGAUCCCGCUGCUCUCCGGUCAGCAGGUCCGGGGUCUGCGGAGUGUCUGGCCGCAGAGAGUGAAUCAGAUUCCUCAUGGAGGUCUUGUCCGCCGAGCCCGGACGGGGGCUCAUGCACUCCGGGUGGACCACGUCGGUCAGCAGCUCCGACAGCUCAUUGAUGUAGAUCUGCGCCAUUUGCAAGGUGUCAUACUUGGACAGCUUCCUCUCGUUCUCCAGCGAGGGGAUGACGCUCCUCAGCUCGUCGAACGCUUUGUUCAGGCCGUGCAUCCUCCUCCUCUCCCUGGCGUUGGCCGCGACGCGCCGGGGUUUCAGCGGGCCAAAGUGGCCCACCUUGCCCCCUUCCUCCGCCGGGUCGGAGUCCGUCUCAGUGGCGCACGCAGCGGACACGCAGUCGGGAACUCUCCCCAUCAGCGCCAGGUUCUCCAGCGAGAGGCCCGCGUCUGCGGCUGCGUGCGCGUCCCUCCUGGAGAACGCAUGGAGGGAAUUAGAAGAAAUCCAAGUCUUGGAGUUGACGUGGUUGCGUUGCUGCUGCAGCAGGGUGAAGUCCUCGGGGUACUCCGACCAGCUUGAAAGCUCUGCCCUUGCAGUCAUCGCCGCAGUGGCCCGUGGUCGUGCGCGGCACUGAAAGGUCACACGGCGGAAGACUCUGGCUGAUGCCCUCCACUCUGGAAUGGGUUCGCAGUGCGCCAGCAGCCACUUAUAUACACGGCCUGCCUUCAGUCACCUUGGUGUCACUCCCCAACCCUCCGACCGCUGCGACAGCCCUGCAGCCUCAGGAGGCAGCAGCCAAUCGCGCAGUCCCCUCUGACCCCGGCAACGAACAAUUAGACAAAGCUCGACUUUUUUCUUCUCCUAUUGUGCAUUGUAACUCAAUCACGAUCGCACAGAGGGGAGCCACAAGUAUUAAUCAUUUAAGAGCGUGGCUCUAUAUGUUUCAAACGCGUCGGAGAAGAUGAUCUACAAUGAGCGAGUUCAGUAAAGUCUGGGCUGCGUGUCUGUCGGCUUUAGUGAAGUGUCCCACAAAUAAAGAGUAACAAGUGCGCAUGCCAAAACUGUUCUUUUGUUGUUCGUUUAUUAGGCUUGCAGCUUGAACUUUUAAAGUGUUCUCAGCUACCCCCUCCCCGCCUCCCUCCCCCUAAACGAAUAGUUUUGCACACGUUAUUUUUAUUAGAUUUGAUAAGGUUUAUAUUUAUUAAAAUAGUUAAAUUCAUCAGCUAUUGUGUACGUUUGGUUUGUGGGGCAGUUUCUCACGAUAUCUCCUUCAAUGGGUCUGACCCGUGAAGGAUCAGGCAGCGUUUAAGUUUGUUCUCAAACAAACAGUAAACGGUGGACAAUCUUUCUCGGAUUAUUUGCUGAAGAAUAAUAAAACGAACAGGUGGAAGGCAAGGCUCGAGACACACCUGUGUACAGCAGACGAUAACUGAAAAGUUGUCUGAAGGCGAUUUAUGAAUCAUUUAGCAUGAAGCGGUGGUCCAAUCACGGAUGCGGCAUAAUACACAAACAGGUUCCACCGUUCGUAUUAUUAUUGUCAUUACUACAUUUCACCAAGACGAAUUUAUUGUUGAUUAGUCACGUGAACCCCGUGCCUGUCAGCUGGUGUCCCCUGGCACCUCGCGCAAGCCCCCACCGACACACACCUCUGUCACAGCCGUGUGACCCACGUCUCCCAUAUGCCGCGCGCAGCUUUCACACCGACACUCGGUGCUCCGACACGAGAGCUAAUCACUCAUUAGGUCAUCAAUUACACGAGAGGAGCCGUCCGGGGGGAGACCCGUCCGGGUGCGAUGGCGGCGAGUUGGACACAUUUAGCAUUAAGUGCCCCUCUUCUUUUUUCAUCUUCUUCUCAUUCUCCUCUGUUUGUGGAGGCCGUGUGUGCGUGUGCGUGUGCGUGUGUGUGUGACAGUCGGGGUGGAGCACUGGUAGAGAAAAUCACCGUGACCCGCCUCGCCGCCAGCAGUUUAAUGAGGCCUGGUCUUAGUUGAAUAAAUCGGCACGCUCUCCGUCCCGGGGUGUCCAUUCACUUUUGGGGUGACAUGAAUAUUUCAUUCCUUCAGCCCCACUGCCGGCGCAACAGCCUGCAACCCUGCGCGCAGGAUUUUAAAAUGCGGCUACACCUCCCAUCUGGUGCGGGGCGUGCGCGGGGGAGUGGCAGCGGAGGCCGAGGAGGUGUGAGGAACAUUUCUAAGGUCAGCUUCCAUUGACCUCCUGCAAGAAAUUGACUGAUGUGCCCCCCCCCCUCCCAGCACCAGGGCGGGGAGGGAGGGGGGUCAACUAGAAACUUUUCAGUGCAGUCCAAGCCGUGUCGGGCCCCUUCCUAAACAAGUGGAAGAGUUGACUGUGAGGUAUAUACUAUGCUGUAUACCACAUUGCUUAAAUACUCCAUUACCAGUAAAAGUCUGCAUUUAAAAAUCGUACAAUAUCAAUAGAAAAAUGUAAUGUUAUAUUGUCAGGUUAAAAGCGUUUUUAUGUAUUGCUUUUGGUAGAGCUAAUUUGAACUGCCUUAAAUGUUUUGAGUCCUUUCGUUUCUAACAUAUUUUGCAAACUGUAUGUUGAAUAUGUAAAGUAACUCGAACGAAAACGGCACAAUAUGUUCAAAUGAAACCCCGAACACACUCAAAAAUGAAACAUUUGUGCCACGUGGACUCUCUGAGUCAUAAUAAACAGGAACAGGUAGGCGGUACAUACUGCGCACUGUAGCGCGUAAACAAGUUGGAUCAAGUGGUUCACAGUGAGCAUCUGUGUGUUCUGUGCCUUCAAGUGACUCCUUGAAGAGGCGUUCAGGGUUAGGCUGCAGUGUCACCGCGUCCCGCGAUGCACAACAGCCAAACUGUCUUGGCACAAAAUGCCUCAGCAACCUCACAACUCGGUUUAUAGCCCGUAAUGGUUUCAUAUGUCACCAACUUGGCAACCGGAGCACCACAGACAACUACAGUCUGCAGCUGCCGGAUGGACGUUGGUGAUGGAAGCUGGCAACAGUCCAACAGUUUAUCCUCCUGACACCGAACUGUUCAGACCCUGAACCCAACCUGCCAACAGCAGCACCCUCUUGUGUCGACACAUACAUACUCCAUACACAGCUGACGCUCAACUCGUAUUAACCAUCUAAAGUUAUUACAGCACACUGUGGGUGCUUGUAGAGUACACGUGCCUCUCUCAGCCAAUCGGAGCGUUCGGUUUGCAGCUGAACGCCGUAAAAUACUUGGUUCAUUACUUUGGUGGCUUCCUCGUGGACCGAUAAUGGAGACAGCUCCAAUCAUAAUACGUCGUCUCCGUAUAGUUCUGUUUUCUAGUAAAUGAAGCAGGCCUAAUAGUGGAAUUAAAGCAGUCCUCUUUCCACUGGGGAGGCGGACGCCUUAAAAGCUCCUCAAUUAUCCCCGGGGAGCCACCGUUGGGGAACCAUGGCCCCAAGCGAUCUAUAAUUAAUUCAACUCUAUUUUUGGAGGCUUUCGUUUGAAGUGUACUGUCUCUGUUUCUUUGUCCACCUGUUCGUGUCACUACAACGCCGUAAAAUAACUACAAUACAGAACUAUAAUCCAGAAAUUAAGGUAAUGCUUCUCUGUAGUUUUGUCAUAAUUUUCCAAGGAACAAAUUAUUCUAGGAGAAAUUGGAAAUUUCCUGAAAAGAACGGAUCCAUUUAAACCCAAGUCACUGUUAAUUUGUUUUUCAUGUAUUCUCCAUAUGUGGAGUUUUAUUGCCUGUUAAAAAAAAUUUGACCUGA